CAACCGACUGCCUUUCACCAAAAUCUUCAUGCAUCUUUCUGCGGCACGAUUUGUUUGGGUUGAAUGCGCUGCCAACCGACCAACCGGAGCUGAGCCGUCAGAGAGCCAAGCAAGCAAGCAAGAAGCCAGCACUUGCCUCCCACCACACACACACGACGAUCCCUUGGCUGUGUGACGUGACUGGCGACACCCAGGCGUGUGUACGGGUCUUGGUGAUUAGCGUAGGUGUGCAGGUGUCCUCGCGAGAAGAACAUGGAGAAGUAUGAGAAGCUGAGCAAGAUUGGCGAGGGCUCGUAUGGCGCCGUCAUCAAGUGCCGGCACAAGGAUACGGGCAAGAUUGUGGCCAUCAAGAAGUUUCUGGAGACGGAAGAUGACCCUCAGAUUCGCAAGAUCGCCUUGCGUGAAGUGCGCAUGCUCAAGUCGUUGAAGCAUGGUAACUUGGUUCACUUGCAAGAGGUGUUCCGAAGGAAACGCAAGUUGCACCUUGUCUUUGAGUACAUUGACCACACACUCCUCGACGAGCUCGAUGCAAAUCCACGCGGGCUGGACGAGGUGCAUGUCAAGCGCAUCACGUUUCAAACCCUCAAGGCGCUCGAAUACUGCCAUGCAAACAACAUUGUGCACCGCGACGUAAAGCCGGAGAACAUCCUCAUCUCCAAGGAAGGCAUUGUCAAGCUCUGCGACUUUGGAUUCGCUCGCACACUCGGCGGACCAGGUGCCAUCUACACAGAAUACGUGGCAACACGGUGGUACCGUGCACCCGAACUGCUUGUCGGCGACACCCAAUAUGGAUCAAAAGUCGACGUGUGGGCGCUCGGCUGCGUGUUUGCGGAGAUGUUGACUGGGAAUCCCCUCUGGCCGGGCAAGAGCGAUAUCGACCAGCUCUAUCACAUCAUCCAGACCUUCGGUAAACUGUCUCCGCGCCACGUGCAAGUGUUCAGCAAGAACGAGUAUUUCAAGGGCCUGAAGCUGCCUGAAGUGCAUCCAGACAAGAUUCGGCCCCUUGAGCACCGCUUCCGCCACUUCAAGGCCCCCGUCAUUCGCUUCAUGAAGUUCUGCCUCGACUGCGAGCCUGCAGACCGUGCAUCGUGCACGGAGGCCCUCGCGCACAAAUACUUUGACGACUUCAGAGACACGUAUGAGCCCGAGUGGAGGGCGCUGCUUGCACGCAUUUCACCGCCAGCCACGCGCAGACGGAAGAGGAAGAACAACGAGAACGCGAAGAAGACGCGACACCUGCCCACACUCGCUGGUGCACACAAGCCACCACCACAACAGCUGCAAUCCCACGGCACGCUGAACAUCGAGGCGCUCGCCCACACCAUGUCCCAGGCAUCCAUCAAGGGAACAGACACGCUGUCGCAUGCUGGCGACCGUCACCACCUGCAGCAGAAGUCGCAGCCGAAUCUCGGCUCUGAGAAGCUGCCUGUCAAGCUCAACCCGCUCAACAAGGACUACGUAUCAACAAGGACUACGUAUCAAAGAAGACAAGCGAGCUGUUGCCAAAGCUUGGUGGCGGCAACUCGGGCCUUCCUCCCAUCACGUGACACAGCAUGACACGACAUGUGAAGACACAGCCUGCUGUUCCGUUACACUAUUGUCGACUCGCCACCGUACUGUAAUGUGUGUGUGUGUGUGUGUGUGUGUGUGUGUGUGU